GCCGCCGCAGACCCGGCACCGGGAGGCGCCGAGCACGCCGGCCUGAGCGGGAGACGCGGGUGAACUGCUGCUCCUGUCGGCCGCGCUAUCCUCCCUUCUUUCCCUCCGCCCCUCCCCUGGCGGCCGAGCUGCCUGGGAGCCCGCGAAGCAGUGGCGCCGCUGUUCCGAGACACCAGCUCGGACCCCCGGACCUGCACCGACGGGGGGGCAGCGGGAGCGCGGAAACCACAGGCGAAGCGGGCCCUGGCCACGGCGGAGAGGACUGAGCGUGUGAGUGUUUGCGCACGAGAGUGAGAGCUGCAACCUGUACUCUGCGCACGCCAGCCCCAGCCUAGGUCCCGCAACCCCGGACCUUCCCCCACCUUUGCCUCAAGGCACGCGCGGCACAGCCAUGAAUACCAACGACGCCAAGGAGUAUUUGGCCCGGAGGGAAAUCCCUCAGCUUUUCGAGAGCCUUUUGAAUGGACUGAUGUGUUCUAAGCCUGAAGACCCAGUGGAGUACUUGGAAAGUUGUUUACAGAAAGUAAAGGAACUGGGCGGCUGUGACAAGGUAAAAUGGGAUACAUUUGUUAGCCAGGAAAAGAAGAACUUACCCCCGCUCAAUGGAGGACAGUCACGGAGAUCCUUUCUAAGAAAUGUGAUGCCUGAAAAUUUGAACUUUCCGUAUCGGCGGUAUGAUCGGCUCCCUCCAAUCCAUCAAUUCUCCAUAGAAAGUGAUACAGAUCUCUCUGAAACUGCAGAGUUAAUUGAGGAAUAUGAGGUUUUCGAUCCUACUAGACCUCGACCAAAAAUCAUUCUUGUCAUAGGAGGUCCAGGAAGUGGAAAGGGUACUCAGAGUUUGAAGAUUGCAGAACGUUAUGGAUUCCAGUAUAUUUCGGUGGGAGAAUUAUUAAGAAAGAAGAUCCACAACACCAGCAGCAACAGGAAAUGGAGUCUCAUUGCCAAAAUAAUUACAACCGGAGAAUUGGCCCCACAGGAAACCACAAUUACAGAGAUAAAACAGAAAUUGAUGCAAAUACCUGAUGAAGAGGGCAUUGUUAUUGAUGGCUUUCCAAGAGAUGUUGCCCAGGCUCUGUCUUUUGAGGACCAAAUCUGUACUCCCGACUUGGUGGUAUUCCUGGCUUGUGCCAAUCAGAGGCUCAAAGAAAGAUUACAGAAGCGUGCAGAGCAGCAGGGGCGGCCUGACGACAAUCUGAAAGCUACCCAAAGAAGACUUAUGAACUUCAAGCAGAAUGCUGCUCCGUUGGUUAAAUACUUCCAAGAAAAAGGGCUCAUCAUGACAUUUGAUGCAGACCGAGAUGAGGAUGAGGUGUUCUAUGACAUCAGCGUGGCAGUUGACAACAAGUUGUUUCCGAACAAAGAGGCUGAAGCAGGGUCAAGUGACCUUGAUCCUUCCAUGAUGUUGGACACUGGAGAAAUCAUUGAUACAGGAUCUGAUUAUGAAGAUCAGGGUGAUGACCAGUUAAAUGUAUCCGGAGAGGACACCAUGGGAGGUUUCAUGGAAGACUUGAAGAAGUAUAAAAUUAUUUUCAUGAUUGGUGGCCCUGGCUCUGGCAAAGGCACACAGUGUGAAAAGCUGGUGGAAAAAUACAGAUUUACACAUCUCUCGAUGGGUGAGCUGCUGCGUAAGGAGCUGUCAUCAGAAUCUGAAAGAAGCAAAUUGAUCAGAGACAUCAUGGAACGUGGGGAGCUGGUGCCCACGGCCAUCGUUCUGGAGCUCCUGAAGGAGGCCAUGGUGGCCAGCCUUGGCCACACCAAGGGCUUCCUGAUUGACGGCUACCCUCGGGAAGUGAAACAAGGGGAAGAGUUCAGACGCCGGAUUGGAGACCCACACUUGGUGAUCUGCAUGGACUGCUCGGCAGACACCAUGACCAACCGCCUUCUCCAAAGGAGCCACAGCAGCCCGCGCAUGGAGGACAAUACCAAGACCAUCGCCAAACGCCUUGAAACCUACUACCGAGCAUCCAUCCCUGUGAUCGCCUACUACGAGACGAAAACACAGCUACAUAAGAUAAAUGCAGAGGGAACACCAGAGGAAGUUUUUCUUCACAUCUGCACAGCUAUUGACUCUAUUUUGUGAAGGCACAAAUGCACGUACAUUAAGAGUGGAGACAGAGGAAAAUAGUAACGGUUCAUUCCUUAACAGUGUUUCAAAUUAAACCUUUUGUGUCCCCCCAAAAUCUGACAUUGCUGUUUGCUUCCCAGCUUGACUUGUCUGAGAGAUGUCUGGAAAUCAUGCAUGACGUAUUGGUAUCGUGAAACCUUUUCUUCAUAAUUGAGAAGUUGUCUAUAUUCACAGCACGUACACUUUUCUACCAUAUAGUUUGCAUCUCAGAGCUCAGUUAGCAUGUGAACAGCAGUGCAGUGCCAGUCUGUGUCAGUUGUGUCCCCGAGACUUGCUGGAGAGUUUGAUCAUUUCGUUUUACUCUCACCAAGGAGGGAAUUAGCAUCCCUAAAUCCCCAUUACCUUUCCCUUCCUUUCCCAAUGUUUAUAUUCUGUUCCCUGAUAAAAGCCCCUAACAUGGAAGGCAGGCCUGAGCAUAUUCCUCGGGUUGCUGUCUCUGUUUCCUCAACUCUCAUCCACUAGUGGUUCGGCGCCAAAGAGGGUAGAUUCAUUAGACAAUGUCAAGUACACUGUUUACAUGCAUCAAACAAAAAGAUGUGAAAUUGAAUAGCUUUUGCAAAGCAGCAACACCCAGUCUAGUCAUCAGUAACAUUUCUCUAUUCACUUCUAGGAAAUUGGCUACUUGGAAUAGUCUCAAAAUGACUAACAGAACUGGAUAAAUAAUGUAUAACCUAGUUGUCUACAUAUGUACAGGGUGCAUUUGGGCAAUUAUGAAUUAAUACCAAUGACCAAAAAUAAUUUAAGAGCAUGACAUGAUUACAUUCAUUGAACAAAUUUCUACUUAUACCUUCAAAUUAUUAUCUAUUUACUUAUUAUUAUUGCCAAGAAAGUAAAAAAAAAAAAAAAUACGGUAAAAACAAAACUGAUGUAGGUGGGAGGGGCAUGUCGUAAGUGGUAUUUAACAGAUUCCAAUGUUGUAUUUGUUUCAUAUGAGCCCAUUCCAAAUUACUGCAAACUCAUCAUGCCCAUAUGUAAAACUGUUUUCUUCCAUCAAGCCAGUGAAGUCUAGGUUUUCUUUUGUGCUAUCAGUUGCCAAAUCAGAGCAUAUAUAUUAUUCUACUAGAAUAACUGCAUCUUCCACUCAGUCACUACAAAAAGUCAUAGUUUCAGUUUGCAUGAUUUUUUUCUUCAAUGGUUGUGCAGAUAAGGAACCAUUUCUGGGACAGAAUUGUAUUUUUAAAGUUAUUUUUUUCUUGAAAUGUCUGUGUACAAAUAAAAUAAACGGAAGACAGGAUAA